GCGCGCGCGCGCCCCCCCCUGCCCGCCGCCGCCCGCUUCCUGCCGCGUCCGCGCGCCCGCCCCGCCCCGCCCGAGCAGCGGCCGCAGCCCCGGCCGGGCCCAGCGGGGAGAUGAACACGGUGCUGUCCCGGGCCAACUCGCUCUUCGCCUUCUCGCUGAGCGUGAUGGCGGCGCUCACCUUCGGCUGCUUCAUCACCACCGCCUUCAAGGAGCGCAGCGUGCCCGUCCGCAUCGCCGUCUCCCGGGUCACGCUAAAAAAUGUAGAAGAUUUCACUGGACCUAGAGAAAGAAGCGAUCUGGGAUUCGUCACAUUUGACAUUACUGCAGAUCUGCAGAGUAUAUUUGAUUGGAAUGUUAAACAAUUGUUUCUAUAUUUGUCUGCAGAAUAUUCAACAAAAAACAAUGCCCUAAAUCAGGUGGUCCUUUGGGACAAGAUCAUGUUGAGAGGAGAUAACCCAAGGCUGUCGUUAAAAGACAUGAAGUCAAAGUACUUUUUCUUUGAUGAUGGAAAUGGUCUCAAGGGAAACAGGAAUAUCACCUUGACUCUCUCCUGGAAUGUUGUACCAAAUGCUGGCAUUCUACCUCUUGUAACAGGAUCAGGACAUGUGUCUGUACCUUUCCCAGAUACCUAUGAAACAACAAAAAGUUAUUAAAUUAUAGUACUGAAUCAUAAGCAAAAUAUUUUUAUACUUGUAUAUUGUGGAUACAUUUUAUUGCAGUUUCUUCUUGCACCCCAUGCAAUUUUUCACUGAAUGGAGUUUAAUUUCCUCAGGAUAGUAGCAUAGGAAAAGGAAAUGAAAAUUCAGGGUUUUUUUUUAAAUAAAACAUUGAAGCUGAAACUUAAGGGAAAAGUAAAUUGCAGAGUAACGGUUUUAAGGGGGGGAAACUGAGGAUUUUUUUUCCUGGCCAUUUAAGUAUAGAUCUCCUUUUCUUUUAAAUAAAUAAUUUUAAACCAGAAGAUAUUCUUCCUGUGUUUGGGCUUUUUAAGUACUGUGAUUGUUACUUAUUUUGUGUAGAACCCAAAUAUACUUUCUGGAGUUGGUUUCUGGAAGUGCCUGAAGGAAAUGGCUGUUCCAUUUUAGGGCAUUUUUUAAAUCCAUGUGCAGUAUGUUACAGUAGGCUAAGCUUGGUCCUUUCUAGGACUGUCAGCAGCUACUUGGAAAACUGGUAGUUCAUUAUCUGUCAGUCAGCCUCAAAUCUUGAGUGCCACUGAUAUAGUCCACAUUUAGUUCUGUAUUACAAAUCAUUUUAGUAACUGCUUGCAGUGCAGCAAACUGGAAGAAUAAAAAUAAAUCUAUUCAGUAUGAGUCUUAUUUCUUUAAGCAUAAGACAUAAGGCUAAGUCAGUAAGAAAAGUAAAAGCUUUAGGUAAAGAAAGGCUUUCUGAAAUGGAAUCUCUAGAUUUUUACUAGGAUCUGUUCAUCAGGGAGAAUGAACAUGCUUGUUCCAGAAGAGGCUGAGACAACUGAUAUCAGAGGGGACCUUCCCACAGCAAGGAACAGGAUAGAUGUUUCCUAAACGGUCUGGGUAAACCUUUCCAAAGCAGAGAAUUUUGAGUGUCAGUGAAUCUCCCUGCAAGGCUUGCUGAGUUGAAUCAGCCGGGAAGGGUAGCAAGCAGCCUGCAGCAGCUUCAGGCAGCACCCCUGUAAAAAAGCGGCCUCUCUGUGGCUGCACACCCCCCUGUCUGUGCUCCUUCCCUCAGCUACAGCUGGGAAUGCCUUCGGGGUUGGAAGGAGGGAAGGAGCAGGGUACCAAGGUCGCCUCUAGGCAAUAGCUUGCAGUGAUUGACUGGUGCAUUCAGGCCAUCCAGGAGAUAGCCAGGAGCCUGCUAUGGACUUCCUGCCACAGUCCCUAAUUUACAUGUGUAUCUUCAAACAAAGCAUGACAAAGGGAAUUCUUUGCCAGACAGGGAAUGUUCUGGAUGUACUGGGGACUUGGAAAAGGAGGAAACUAAAACUCAGGUUUUAAUACUGUAAAUCAGAAAAAAAGUAAUAGGAAAAAUGAUGAGAGCUGCAUUGUGAAAACCCUUACAAAAGAAGAGAUGCAAGAGAUUGGAGCAGAGUAUCCCCCUUUGUUUCGAGUUCACCUGAUUGAUAAGAGCUGAUUGAUUUUGAAGGAACUAACUUGCUUUUAAAAAGGAAUCUUUAAUAUUUGUGAAUUAUCCCUAAGUGACUAUUUAAUGCAUUCUUCAUGUUGAUGUAUUAAAUCAAAAAGGUAUUGAAAAAAAUUCCCAAAAGGUGCUUUGUCUGUACAAACAGAAUUUUGUUUAAGUGCAAAAACUAAAAAAUUUUUUUCACAUGAAUGUUGUAGGAGAAUUCGUCGUUUGUAUCCAGCAUAUUUGCAUGAAUUUCAGUUCUCUGAACUUGUGGUGUUUUCCUCAGAGUAGUAUAAUCAGCACAUUGAAACACAUGCUAUUUUUGCUGUGCUUUGAUAUCAAUUGUAUAUAUGGCUCUAAAAACUGUUACAGAGAACUUAAAACUGUCACAGAGAAUGAAGACAAAAUAUUUUUAGAGAUAAUUGGGCAAAGUUGUGGAUUUGUUUUGCUAAUUGCCGAAUAAGUGGUUGGUUUUUUCAUAAAUUAUAUUCUUGAAUUGUUUACUGAAGCAUUUCUUGUGGCUUGGCAUUCAACCACUUCCCUGCAUUCCUUUGGCAGUACUCUUCCAAUGAAUAUAAUGUCUGCCUAUUAAAGAGAAGCUUUAACUACAAAGACAAGGAUCUGCUGUCAAAGAGCAUCAGGGAGAAAGCUACUUUCUGUCCUACAAAAUGGUAUAUUCCUCCCAGCAGACAGUAGCAGAAUUUCAAAACACAGAAACAGUAGCUUUCAAAUGUGUUUGAUACUUUACUAGUGUUUCCCUGUGAAGAGAAAUUAUGUUUGAGGUAAGCAUUUUAGAGGGAUAAAGAAGAAACCAUCAUGGAGUUCAAAAUCUUGGAGAGAAGAACUUGUUUUUAUCCUGAGGAAAAGGCCAGCAUAGAUGAGCGCUUGAUGCUGUAAUAGCUUUGUUUUUGCUCCUGAGCCACUAAGUGAGACAGGGUGUUGGUUCAGACUUUAAAGAGGCAAAUUCCUCAACUGAUCUCUAUAAAAAAGUAAAAAGCCUUUCCAAAAGUCAAA